UUGACACUGUUUCGCCGUUUUGUAUCUAAGCCUAAAUAGCUAUUUGAUUGGUUGCAGGACAAUUUGAUCCUGCACACCAAAACAAAUCAGAUCACUCGUAGUAAAGACCGUUCGCUUUAGUGUCCAAAAUGGCGGUCCACAUGGAAGUUGAUUUCAAGAAAGCGUGUGAACUAUUAAAAGUCGGAAAAUUAAAGGACUUUCAGAAAGAAACAGUUGUUGCAUUGCUUGGAGGAAGGGAUGUUUUUUUGUCAGUUCAAACCGGUGGAGGAAAAAGUUUAUGCUACCAGACAUAUCCAGUUGUAUGGCGACAAAUAAAUAACGAAGUGCUUUGUCAUGUGUUGAUUGUGACUCCUCUGAUUUCAAUCAUAAAAGAACAGUGUGACUUCUUGUGUGCACUUGGGUUCAAAAGUACCUAUAUUGGGAAAGAUACAGAAGAUGAACAAGACAUUUUAGAUGGAAACUUUGAUUUUUUAUUUAGUUCACCAGAAAGUCUUCUCGGUGUGACAAAAUGGCGUGAGAUGCUUGGGCGAAGUAACAUUCAUCUGAUGGUUGUUGACAAAGCACAUACUGUUGUUCACUGGGGAGAAGCAGAUGGUGACGAUGCUCCUUUUCGUGUCUGGUAUGGGAAACUUGGAGAAGCUCGCUCUCUGCUUACUUGCCCCAUUCUGCUGAUUACAGCCACAGCAAGCAAGUCUGCUAGGAAGAAACUUCAGAAAAAGUUUUCGAUGACUGACUGUUUAGAAAUUAUCGACAAUCCUGAUCGUGUAAACAUUAAACUUUUUGUGCACAAAUAUAAAAGUUCAUUGUCACUCAAUAUUCUCUUUGAAUUUUUAAUUACUUUAAUUAAAGAAAAAAAAGAUAAAUGUGAACGAUACAUUAUAUUUUGUCCUUCUAUAAGACUUUGCAGUCAAGUGUUUUCCAUGUUAAGACUUGAACUUGGUGUUGAUAUUAAAUACAUACAAAUGUUUCACUCGAUGACAACAGACACUGUAAAGGAAGAAGUGCGACAAGACAUGGGCACAAGUAAUGGCACCAUUCGAGUACUUGUUUCCACUAGUGCAGCUGGUAUGGGGGUUAAUUUUGCUGGUGUGAACAGUGUUAUAAACUUAGGGCCACCAAAAGACAUGGACAGUUAUGUACAGCAGUUUGGUCGGUGUGGAAGAGAUGGGUCACAAGCCAUGGCUCUUCUUUUAUUCACUGCUAAACAGUGUAAAACAAUUGACCAAGACAUGCAUGCUUAUAUUUUCAAUGACACCAUGUGCCGGAGACAAAUGCUAUUAGAUGCUUAUAAUGGCAAACCAUCUAGAAAUUUAAGCAAACACUUGUGUUGCGACAUUUGUGCAAAGAACUGUUACUGUAAUGAAGAGGACUGCUCUAAAUAUUUGCACCCAAUCUAUGUAUAUGAUGACACCAUACUGAAUCAUUAUUCAUCAAGUUCUGAUUCACAUCAUUCUGACAGUGACAGUGAUUAUUGA